GUGUGGCCCUUAGUCCAAACUCUUGCUCUUCACAGCUCGGGAAAUUGCACCUUCGCCAAAAAUGAACUUCUGAAGUUCGUCUGCAAGGGUACUGUCACACAGGACAUGUACUCCCUGUUUCACGACAACCGGGCUCCCCCCGACACGACCUUCAGUGUGUGGGAGGGCGAGGAGAAGGAGGGCGGCGACGCGAUUCUCCUGAUCUCGUUCUACACCAUACAGUUGGCGAACUACGAGUCCAUCUCGCUGCAAGGAUCAGUGGGAGACUGGAAUAAGCACUUCUUCCUGUAUGCGCUAUCCGAAAGAGCUGAAACGGCACUGCCUUGGCUACGGCAUCGCCACUGAUGGAGGUGAUGUGUCCAAUAAGCCGAUCCUCCAC